AUGUUCAUCACAAAAUUGGGAACCACUAUUUAUUCCGUUUUAUAUUUAGCUUCAUUGGUCAAUGCUGCACAUGGAAGUACUGAGGGUCCCGCACCGUAUGAGGACACAUCAAAUCUAAAAUAUUAUUACGCUUGUAAUGCUCAAGUAAGCGCCGAAGGUAAAUAUUGUUCACCAAAAGAUAGGAGCUGUUUAUGUUUCAAUGAUAAUGCAAUUGCAAGUAUAGCAGGCUGUCUUUAUGAAGUUGGAAAAACUGAUCAAAAAUAUACAGAAGGUUUAGUAAAUCAAUGUCUGCGUUUCCCCAAUUCAACCGUUACAAAAGAUUGGUUUUCUAAGUACGUUUUAAUUUAUAAGGAAAAAGCCAAAGUUCCCGUUCGUGCUUCAAAGAAUAGUACUUCAAGUAAUCAAAGCUCAAAUGAGCAUGGUCAAGCAUCAGUAAGCCGAAGUGCAGGAGGAGAAGGUUCCAGUCCAAGCUCAAGUGGCCAUGCUUCAGGAGGUAAAAGUUCAGGUGGAAGAGGUUCAGGUGGUUCAGGAAGUGGGCCACAAAGAAUCCUUUAUGAUUAUCCAAUUAUUUUAAACAAGAGAAACCUUACCUUAUAUCAAGAGUCCUAUGGAAGAUUUUAUGAUAAUUAUAAUGAUUCACUUUAUUAUGGUGCUGGUAUGUAUGCUUAUUGGCUAUUGAUUUUGUUAUUAGGUGCUAUUGCAAACUGGUCUAAAAUAUUAUUUCCAAGCUUAACUAAAAAGAUGACUGGUCCAUUAAUUAAUUGGUGGAGAAAGAACAUUUCAAUGCCAGCUACAUUCAAAAAAAAGAAGUCACAAGAACAAAAUUUCUUGAAAUUUUUUGGAUUCUUAAUUCCAUCGAGAUUUGAAACAGUUGUCAUAUUUUUAUUUUAUGUUGUAACAAUUGUACUUCACGCCGUGAAUUCAACUGCCAUUAAAGAAGAUGUAUUUUUGAACUCAAAAUAUAAAGCUGAAUUGAGAUAUGUCGCUGAUAGAACUGGAAUUACUGCUACUAUGAUGAUGCCAUUAAUAUUUUUAUUUGCUGGUAGAAAUAAUUUCUUACAAUGGUUAGUUCGUUGGAAUUACAGUACAUUUGUAGCUUAUCAUAGACAUACUGCAAGAAUCAUGUUUGCUUUAGUUGUUAUUCAUGCUGUUAAUUAUACUGUUUUGUUCGUCAAAAAUGAACGUUACACAUCUACAUUAACUAGAAGAUAUUUCUAUUGGGGAAUAAUUGCCACUGUAUGUGGCGGUGCUAUAAUGAUUCAAGGAAUGUUAUAUUUAAGAAGAAGAUGGUAUGAAUUAUUUUUACUAUUCCACAUUUUAUUAGCAGUAUUUUGGGUAAUAGGAUCCUGGUAUCAUGUUGUUGAUUUUGGUUUCAUAUGGAUGGUUUAUCCAGCUAUUGCAGUUUGGUGUUUUGAUAGAUUGGUAAGAAUUGGUCGUUUGUUUGCGUUUGGUUUUCCACAUGCUGAUGUAACUUUAUUAUCUGAUGAAACCUUGAAAGUUGUUGUACCAAAACCAAGUUAUUGGCAUUCAAUUCCAGGUGGUCAUGCAUUUAUUCAUUUUUUGAAACCAACUUACUUUUAUCAAUCACAUCCUUUUACAUUUACUGAUUCAGUUGAACAAGGUAGUUCUAUUAUCUUAUAUGCCAAAGUUAAAGGAGGUAUUACUCAUAGUUUGUACCAAACCUUAGCUAAACAGCCAGGUAGAACUUGCAAAAUUAGAGUUAGUGUUGAAGGACCAUAUGGUGAAUCGACAGCUGCAAAAUACGCAGACACAGCUGUCUUUAUUGCUGGUGGUAAUGGUAUUCCUGGUAUAUUUUCAGAAGCAGUUGAUGUUGCUGUUAAUAGUAAAGAUGGUAAGAAUGUUGUUAAACUUACUUGGGUUGUUAGAGAAUGGAGAUCUUUAUAUUGGUUUUAUGAAGAAUUGAUCAAUUUGAAAAACACUAAAAUUGAAACUACAAUAUACGUCACUCAACCAAACAGUCAUAUUUUUAUUGAUGAAUUUCACAAUAGAUAUACUGGACUAGAAAGAUUAUCGCUAGACAAACCAAAUGACUCAGAUGGAUUAUCAUUGGAGAAGGACGAUUCAGUGAAAGAAAAAAAUACUGUUGAAGUUGAAAAUAGUUCAUGUGAUGAAAAAUCAGCUUCUUUAAAUGAAAAAGAUGAUGGUUGUACCAUCAUUAGUUCCAUUAAAAAAGAAUUAUCUCAUAUAGAUUUCAAGGAAGGAAGACCUGAUAUCGAAUCAAUAAUACAAAAUGAUAUUAAAGAAUCAAAUGGAUCAAUUGCAUUUGUCACUUGUGGUCAUCCAGUUAUGGUUGAUGAUGUUCGUUAUUACUGUGCUGAAAACAUUUCUAAUAGUGAAAGGAAAAGGGUUGAUUUUUAUGAACAAAUUCAAGUUUGGGCAUAA